UAGAAAUAAUAGUGGUUUGUUGUGUAAAAUCUUCAUACACAAACAUUAUGGCAGAAAAAAGUAAAUCCACUCUUGAAGACUUAAAGAUUGAGCUCAAAAGUCGAGUAAAAAGCAUUCGCCGCUUAGAGGAUCGAUUAGAUCAAGGGUCGAUUCCUUUGCAAUUACCGGAAUUACAAUGUAGAUUAGAUUGUUUGAAUGCUUCAAUUGAAAAGGCUAACCAUUUGCAGGAGCAAAUCGAGGACAUAACAGGUGAUGAUGCAUAUGCAGCCGAGUUGGAAGAGCUGAUAAUUGUCACCAAAGGAAAGAUAAUGUCGCUUAUCGCCGCCUUUGAUGCAGCAAGCGAGACGAAGCCAGUGUCUUCUUCAGCCCCAGCUCAUGCUAGACUUCCGAAAUUGGCAUUACCCAAAUUUAGUGGUAAACACUCGGAAUUCCAAAAUUUCAUUAGCCUUUUUGAGAGACUAGUCCAUAGCGACAACAGCAUACCGGUGAUCGAAAAAUUUAAUCAUUUGAUUUCGUGCCUCUCUGAUGAAGCAUUAGGAACAAUAAAGGCGUUCCAAGUCACCGAGGCAAAUUAUGAAAAGGCCAUGGCUGGCCUAAAACGAGUAUAUGACAACGAUUAUUUGAUUUUCACGAAUAAUAUUUCCACAUUGUUCAAUCUGCCGAGAAUGUCGCAUCAAUCUGCAUCAUCUCUAAGAACUCUAAUCGAUACUGUUUCGUCGAUUUACGGAUCGUUACUGUCGAUCGGAGAUGAUACAAAAAUUUCGAAUGCAAUGCUCAUUCAUCUCGACCCAGUGACGAAACAAAAGUGGGAUGAACAGCUUACUUAUGAGAAGUUGCCGCUUUGGUCCGACUUAGAGAAAGUCUUGAAUCGUCGAUACCAGCAUCUGUCUGCUGAAGAAUCGACCAAGCCAAGGCAAGACAAAGUCAUGCCAAGCAAGCAACAUAAUCGCAGUUCAUUUGCUUGUUCUUCCACUUCCACCAAAAGUAGAACUCAGCAAACUUGUAGCUACUGCAAUUCAGGAGACCAUGUAGCGUCAAAUUGCCCUUCAUUUUCGCGUCUCUCGGUGAUGCAAAGGUUUGAGUUUGCUAAGUCGGCAUCCCUAUGCAUUAAUUGUCUGCGAAAAGGCCACGCUGUUGUAAAAUGCAAAGCCAUUAAAUGUCGAGUGUGCAGCCGCUCACAUCAUACAUUAUUGCAUCGAUACACAGUGUCGGCUAAUAGUCUCGCGUUGCCACCACGCCAAGAGAGUCCUUCUCCUCCAUCAAAUCAGAAUCAACCUUCCACGUCACAUGUUUUGCAUGCGACAGCGUUGAACAGGGUAAUUCUGGCUACGUCGAUCGUAAGCGUCCGAACUAAGAGCGGUGAACACAUUCUGGCCAGAGCUCUGCUCGACUCUGGAUCACAAACAAAUUUUAUUACCGAGGACCUCGCUAAUCGCUUACAGAUCCGUAGAGAGGAGUCCUGUAUUAACUUGCUUGGAAUUGGUGAAUCUAAUUCUCAAGUAAAGGAUAAAAUACACACAGUGGUGAAGUCGCGAAUAAAUGGAAGUGAGUUCUCCUUUGAUUUUUGGAUCCUGAAAUCAAUUUCAGGUUAUCACCCUGACCAGUCAGUGAAUGUGACUGACUGGCGAAUCCCAGAGAACCUACCACUGGCAGCCCCUUAUUUCUACAAGCCACAAAGAAUAGAUAUGUUAAUUGGAGCAGAAUCGUUCUUUGAAAUAUUAGCUGUUGGUCAAAUUAAACAAGGUCCUGACUAUCCAACUCUUCAGAAAACCCUUCUUGGUUGGGUUGUGUCGGGAAAAUAUGUUUCCAGGAGUUCUGCUCCUCAAAUUACAAACAGUUUGAGUUGCAGUGAAGAGUUGCUAUUAUCCAUCGAUCGGACCUUGAAAAAGUUUUGGUCACUGGAAGAAAUGCCAUCUACCAAGAAAAUUGCCACACCUGAGCACAAGCUAUGUGAAGAACACUAUCGUAAGACGACUCAGGUACUAUCAUCAGGUCGGUUCGAAGUAAGGCUCCCGUUUAAAUCAGAUCCAAAUUGUUUAGGCAACUCCUUUGAGGUUGCGAAACGGCGGUUUUUGUCGCUUGAAAGACGAUUGCAUCGUGACCCUGAGUUGAAGAAAAUGUACUUGGAAUUCAUGGAAGAGUACCUCUCCUUAGGUCAUAUGUCUCCUACUGACAAUACGAUUCCUUCUACUCCACACUACGUAAUCCCUCAUCAGUGUGUUCUGAGGCCACAAAGUACGUCUACCAAGCUCCGAGUCGUGUUCGAUGCUUCGUCCAAGACGUCCUCACAGGUGGCCUUAAAUGACAUUCUGAUGGUGGGACCUACCAUUCAAGAGGAAUUAUACUCGACACUGCUCCGUUUCCGUCUGCACAGGUUUGCCCUGACUGCUGAUGUUAAAAAGAUGUAUCGCCAAGUGAUGGUGAACGAAGCGGAUCGGCAGUUUCAGCUCAUAGUGUGGAGAAGAGACCCUUCUGAAUCCUUGAGAUUAUACAAGCUCAACACUGUAACCUAUGGAACUGGACCAGCCCCAUUCUUAGCUAUCCGGUGUUUGAAAAGGUUGAGUGAGUCUGCGAAGCUCUCAUUCCUUAGAGCUGCUAACGUUAUUGGGUCCGACUUUUACGUCGAUGACUUGUUGACUGGUGCUGCAUGCGUAAAGGAGCUAAGGGCAAUUAAGUCCGAAGUGUCUCAGGUUCUUCAGACCACAGGGUUUGAGUUGACUAAGUGGUUUUCAAACUCACCCGAGAUCACCGCAUCUGAGAGCACAGCCAAACCCAUAACAAUCUCGGAUUCAGAGUCGACAAAGGCGUUAGGAAUCUCAUGGUUACCUACUGACGAUGCCUUUAAGUUCAAAAUUGACAAUUCAGUUAUGGGUCUCCGAGCGACAAAACGGAACAUACUAUCGGUGACAUCAAAGUUGUUUGACCCCCUUGGUUUAUUAAGUCCUAUCGUUAUAAAAGGCAAGAUCCUAUUGCAGGAGCUUUGGCUUAACAAACUAGAUUGGGAUGAGUCGAUCCCGCUGCAUUUGGAAACAGCGCGGAAUAAGUUGAAAAAUACACUAUCUCAAUUGGAAGACAUAUCCAUAUCUCGGUUUGUGUAUUCCGAUCCGAUGUCACCGGUUCAAAUACAUGCCUUUGCUGACGCCUCCAUGAGAGCGUAUGGAGCGUGCGUCUAUAUACGUAGCAGAACUGCAGAAGGUUUAAAAAUAUCAUUGUUGACUUCGAAAUCCAAAGUAGCGCCGCUCAAGACCAAAACGCUCCCAAGGCUUGAGUUAUGUGCCGCUCACCUUCUCGCAGAUCUCUGUCACAGAAUCAAGCCCCUAUUAAACGUUCCCAUUGAACGAGUCGUUUAUUGGUCGGAUUCAGAGGUAACUCUAUAUUGGAUCCGGUCUCAUCCAUCGUCGUUGUCGACUUUCGUUUCAAAUAGAGUGGCUGAGAUUCAAGAGUGGUCAGAUGAUGCUACGUGGCGGCAUGUACCCACGAAACAGAACCCUGCAGAUAUUGUCUCAAGAGGUUGUGACGUCGACGAAAUCGUUCAGUCAAUUUGGGUCGAAGGACCAUCAUUUCUGAAAGAGGAAGAAGAAAACUGGCCCAAGAACGCUCAUUUCGAACACUCCGAUGAUCUUCAGCUGGAAAAGAGGAAGACUGCGGUCGGGUUGACCGCGGCUGUGCGAAGUUCGGAGCUGUUAGAUGUCAUCGAGGGAUUCUCGUCACACCUCAAACUGCUUAGAGUGUUCGUGUAUGUGUUCCGCUUUAUAAGAAAAUGUAAAGACCCAAGCCUAAAUUUCGAAAAAACUAUCUCACCGACCGAAUACAAUGAAGCUUUUUAUAAAAUUGUCGAAAUCAUCCAGCAUCACGAGUAUCAAGGAGAAAUUGAAAAGGUUAGGAAAGGAUCUACAAUUGGUCCUAGUCUUCAGCGGUUGAACCCAUUCAUCCAUGAAGACACAGGGACUUGGUGCAACUUUUCGUUGUUGCGAGUGGGGGGGCGACUAGCCAAAGCUCCUAUAUUAUACGAUGCCAAGUUUCCUCUGCUUUUGACUAAGCGCUCGCAAUUCGUGCGAGCUUGUGAGCAUCCUUCGACAGAGCGUGUGGAUAGUGAACGCUCAGGAGGUCUGCCGUCAGACAGUUCGAUCGUGUAUGCGCUGUUUUAAAUGCAAGCCUCGAUUGCUGACGCAACUCAUGGGGAAUUUACCCGCAGAUCGACUACGUGCUCUCCGCCCAUUUUCAAUUUGCGGCGUUGAUUUUUGUGGACCAGUGCACACGACAUUGAAAAUUCGCGGAAGGCCCCCAUACAAGUCAUACAUUGCGCUUUUUGUUUGUUUUGCGUCCAAGGCGGUUCACCUAGAAAUAGUUUCCGAUCUAACCACUGAUUGUUUUUUGUUGGCUUUUCAAAGGUUCG